AUGCGCUGGGCAAAUGAGAGCGCCCCGCGGGAGUUCAUCCUCUUGGGGUUCUCAGAUCGGCCCUGGCUGGAGCUCCCCCUCUUCGUGGUGUUCCUGGUCUCCUACGUCUUGACCAUCGUGGGCAACCUGGCGAUCAUUGUUGUGUCCCGCCUGGACGCCAAACUCCACACCCCCAUGUACUUCUUCCUCACCAACCUCUCGGUGCUGGACCUGUGCUACACCACCAGCACCGUCCCUCAGAUGCUGGUGAACAUCCGCAGCAGGAGGAAGGUCAUCAGCUACGGCGGCUGCGUGGCCCAGCUUUUCAUUUUCCUGGCCUUGGGCUCCACCGAGUGCCUGCUCUUGGCCGUCAUGUCCUGGGACAGGUUCGUGGCCAUCUGCCGGCCUCUCCACUACUCGGUCAUCAUGCACCAGCGCCGCUGCCUCCAGCUUUCGGCCGCCUCCUGGACGAGCGGCUUCAGCAACUCGGUCCUGCAGUCGUCGCUGACCCUCCGGAUGCCCCUGUGCGGCCACCACGCGGUGGACCACUUCUUCUGCGAAGUGCCCGCGCUGCUCAAGCUGUCCUGCGCGGACACGACGGCCAACGAGGCCGAGCUCUUCUUCAUCAGCGUGCUGUUCCUGCUCAUCCCGCUCACGCUCAUUCUCAUCUCCUACGCGUUCAUCGCCCGCGCCGUGCUGAGGAUCAAGUCGGCGGAAGGUCGCCGGAAGGCCUUGGGCACCUGCGGCUCGCACCUGGUGGUGGUGUCCCUGUUCUAUGGCACCGCCAUCUACAUGUACCUGCAGCCCCCCUCCCCGGCCUCCAAAGACCGGGGCAAGAUGGUGUCGCUCUUCUACGGCAUCAUCACACCCAUGCUGAACCCGCUGAUCUACACGCUGAGGAACAAGGACGUGAAGGCGGCCUUCAAGAGGCUGGUCACGAGGGUCUUCUUCAGGAAGACAGAGAAAUUCCCAGUGCUGGGCCUCGUUGAGGACUCCAGGGGUUAG